ACAGAAUGGGAAGCAGGAAGUCGCUGUGCUGUGGGUUUUCAGCUCUGGAAGUGACGCUCGGCGUCAUCUUCGUCGUUAUGACCGGCGUGUGCAUCUCGCUGGUUGUACUGUACGUUACCAGGGAAACGCACGCAGAUCCAGAGACUCCGCCCCCUCAGCACACACCUUACCUGAUCGGCGUGGGCCGAGCCGACUGCACCGGACCGCCGGCUGAUGUCCCUAUGAUGGGCUAUGCAAACCCUCAGCAGACGGCUGCAGGCAUACACACCCGUUUGUACAGCAGAGCCUUCAUCGUCGAUGACGGCAAGCGCAGGGUGGUGUUCGUCACGGCAGACAUAGGAAUGGUUUCACAGAGGCUCCGACUCGAGGUUCUGCAGGCACUGCAGGUGAAGUACGGGGAUCUAUACCGGCAGGACAACGUUGUUCUGAGUGGGACUCACACUCACUGUGGACUCGGUGGAUAUUUCCAGUACACGCUGUUCAUGAUCACAGGCGGUUACAUGAAGGCUGCCAUCGAGCCGUUGGUCAACGGCAUUGUUAAGAGUAUAGACAUAGCCCACAAUAACAUGAAGCCCGGCAGGGUCUACAGGAACAGAGGAGAGCUGGACGACAGCAGCCUGAACAGAAGUCCUCACUCGUACCUGAACAACCCCGAGGAGGAGAGGCGCAGGUAUAAGUGGAACACCGACAAACAGGUGCUGGUGCUGAAGUUCACCGAUCAGGAUGGAGACGGCAUCGGUAUGAUCAGCUGGUUUGCUGUCCACGCGGUGAGCAUGAACUACACCAACCGCAUGGUGAGCAGCGACAACAUGGGCUACGCCUCCUACCUGUUGGAGCAGGACAAGAACCCCGGAGGGCUACCUGGACAGGGAAGUUUCGUUGCUGGUUUCUCCUCCAGUAACCUCGGUGACGUCACUCCGAACACCAGAGGACCGUACUGUGUGAACACUGGGCUGCCCUGUGACUACCUGAACAGCUCCUGUCCCAUAGGAGGGACUACAAUGUGUCUGGCGUCCGGACCUGGAGAAGACAUGUUUGAGAGCACUCGGAUCAUCGGACACAACGUCUACCUGAAAGCCAAGGAGCUGUAUGCAAAUGCAGUCGAGGAGGUGACCGGCUUUAUUCAUCAUGCUCAUCAGUGGGUCAACAUGACUGAUGUCACUGUUCAGAUCAAUGAGACACACACGGCGAGCACAUGUAAACCAGCUCUGGGUCACAGCUUUGCAGCAGGAACAACAGAUGGAGGCGGAGGCCUGAACUUCACCCAAGGCGCUGUGGAAGGAGACCCCUUCUGGGAUGGGAUCAGAGACGCUUUGCUUGGCCCACCGUCCAAUCAGACGAAGGAAUGUCAUCAUCCCAAACCAAUCCUGUUCAGCACAGGGGAGAUGAACUGGCCUCUGCCCUGGCAUCCUCAGAUCGUCGACGUUCAGAUGAUCACCAUCGGCUCUGUGGCUGUCGUAGCUGUUCCUGGAGAAAUGACCACCAUGUCAGGGCGGAGGUUACGAGAAGCUAUCAAAGGGGAGCUGGAGUCAGAGGGAACUCUAAAGGACAUGGAGGUGGUGAUUGCCGGCCUCAGUAACGUGUACACUCAUUACAUCACCACCUAUGAAGAGUACCAGGUGCAGCGGUAUGAAGGCGCUUCAACCAUAUACGGCCCGCACACGCUCAGUGCCUACCUGCAGAAGUAUCGAGGCCUGGCCCGAGCCAUUGCUCAGGACAGAGUCUCAGAGCUGCCAGCCGGCCCUCAGCCUCCCUUCUUCACAGAGAACCUCUUUAAUUUUGUGCCCCUGGCGCUCUUUGACAGAAAACCUGAGAAUAUGAGCUUUGGAGACGUCCUGGAGCAGGUUUACCCCGUUUAUAGACAGGGUGAUGUUGUGACUGUCACGUUUGUAGCAGGAAACCCGAGAAACUCUGGAGAUAUUAGGGAUAAAACUUUUGUCACUGUUGAGAUUUUUGACAACAGAACAGAAACCUGGGAGGUUGUCCACAACGAUGCAUCAUGGGAGACCAGGUUUCACUGGCUGAAGGGGUCAAACCGGGAGAGCAACGCCACAGUGGAGUGGCAGAUUCCCCCGACGGCCUCGGCGGGCUCCUACAGGAUCAAACACUUUGGCCACUACAAAGAGCUGAAAGGCCUGCAGCCGGUCAUAACGCCGUACGAAGGCUCGUCGGACGUCUUCGCGGUCACCGCCAGCUUCUACUACGAGUGAAGCGGUUUGAGACGACACGGCCGACCACCAUCCAGCGCCAAGUCCUCCAGGACUCAUCAGAUUUUAAGAGGCUGCAUGUGCCGAAAAAUAACUCAGACUAUAUGUG